GAGGUAAGAGAUCAAACGUACGAGAGCUGACGAUGGUGUUAGAAGCAAUCUACACAGCAGUGUUCAACAGUGCAACCAAUGGUUGCAGUGGAGCGUACUGUGUUUUAACGAGAGAAAGCAGCAGGGAUGUAUUCAGCAAUACCUUACGCCAUCUCUCAAGUGACUUGUGA